AUGACAACCCCCCUCAGAGCGGCUAUUUUGGUCGUCUCGACGACAGCGGCGAAGGAACCAUCCACCGAUGCUGCUGAAGCCGCACUCCGGGAUGUGUUCGAGAAAGACGGCGGGGCCCGGUGGGAGGUGGUUGAGGCCAAGAUCGUGGGCGAUGUCACCACCCAGAUCCAGCGCCAGAUCAGGCUAUGGACAGACCUCACCGAGCCCAUGAAUCUGAUCGUUACAACGGGCGGCACAGGCUUUGCCGUUGCCGACCACACCCCCGAAGCCGUGUCGGUCCUGCUGCACAAGCAGGCGCCGGGGCUUGUCCAUGCCAUGCUCGCUUCCUCGCUCGUCGUGACCCCUUUCGCUAUGAUGUCCCGGCCCGCCGCAGGCGUGAGGAACCAGACCGUCAUCAUCACGCUGCCCGGCUCUCCCAAAGGCGCGCGCGAAAAUCUGCAGGCCGUCAUCAAGACCCUGCCCCACGCCUGUCUACAGGCCGCUGGUGCCGACUCCCGGGCCCUCCACUCGGGCGGCGUCAAGAAACUCGAGCAAGAAGCCGGCCUCACCUCGAGCACACAACUCCCCCAUGUCCAUCAUCACCACCAUCAUCACGGUCACCACACGCAUGGUCACUCACACGACCACGCCCAUGGCCACCCCGCCCUAACCCGGCACACGGCACCUUCCAUAAACCCCAUAUCAAACGAUCCCUCUCUUGGCCCCACCCGCCGCCACCGUUCCUCGCCCUACCCCCUACUGCCGGUCUUGGAGGCCCUCUCCCUCAUCGCACAGCACACCCCGCCGCCGACCACCACCAUCCUCCCCGUCAAUCCGUCCCUGACAGGCCACGUCCUGGCCGAGGCAAUCCACGCGCCCGAACCCGUCCCAGCGUUCCGGGCUAGCAUUGUCGACGGCUACGCCGUUGUCGUCCCCCAAACCUCAGCAUCGUCAUCGUCAUCAUCAUCAUCAUCAUCAUCAUCAUUCAACGCAAAUGCAGAAGGGGUCGACAUGCGGGGUAUCUACCCAGUCGUUGCCGUCUCACACGCCUCAGCAGCGACGGAUGACGGGGAAGCUUCUUCGGGUGCAGGUGGGGGGAGGAGGGGGGAGCUGAAAGAGGGCGAGAUCGCGCGCAUCACGACGGGUGCGCCGCUACCGCCCGGCGCCAACUGCGUCAUCAUGGUGGAGGAUACCGUCCUCGUUUCUUCAAAGACGGAGGACGGAACCGACGAGGAAAAGGAGGUGGAAAUUCUUGCUACGGGGGUCAGGCCUGGCGAGAAUAUCCGAGAGGUGGGCAGCGACGUCUCGCAAGGCGCCUUGAUUCUCGAUAAGGGGGAGGAGAUAUCUGCUGCCGGCGGGGAGGUGGGGUUGCUUGCUUCUGUUGGGGUGCGUGAGGUGAAGGUGUACCGGCGGCCGGUGGUCGGGGUGCUGUCGACGGGGGACGAAAUUGUAGAGCAUGUUCGGGCCGGCGGGUUGCGGUUGGGCGAGGUGAGGGAUACGAACCGGCCUUCUCUGAUCGCCGCUGCGAGGGAGUGGGGGUAUGAGGUGGCGGAUCUGGGGAUCACGAGCGACAAGCCCGGGGCGUUGGAGGAGGUGCUGCGGGAUGCGCUGCGGAGGGUGGACCUGGUCAUCACCACGGGUGGCGUGUCGAUGGGCGAGCUGGAUCUGCUCAAGCCGACCAUUGAGCGGUCCCUUGGCGGGACGAUCCAUUUCGGCCGGGUCGCCAUGAAGCCCGGCAAGCCGACGACGUUUGCGACAGUGCCGGUGAAGAAUAACGCGGGAGAGAGGGUGUCCAAGGUCAUCUUCUCGCUACCUGGCAACCCGGCUUCGGCAAUGGUCACGUUCCACCUGUUCGUGCUUCCCUCACUCCAGCAGAUGUCGGGCAUCUCUCCGCCGGGCUUGCCAAGGGUGCCUGUUGUCCUGUCCCACGACUUCCCCCUUGACAAAUCCCGGCCGGAAUAUCACCGAGCGAUUGUCUCGGUUGGGAAGGACGGCGUGCUGGCUGCCGCCAGCACUGGCGGGCAAAGGAGUUCUCGGGUUGGCAGCCUGAAAGGGGCCAACGCAUUGCUCUGCAUGCCCAGCGGGUCAGAGCCGCUGCGCAAAGGCGCCAAGGUGGAAGCACUGCUGAUGGGUCACCUACGAAAUGGCUUGCAAUAG